CAGUUGGAUCAGUGUAAUAUCUGACUGCUUUGUUGGAACCUCCAGCGGGUCACCUUACUUCACUUCAGCCAGACACUCAAGACACUGGUGCGUGUACUUCCAUCCUCAAUCUGCUUAUGCACAGGAUAUCUACAAAACUGAAUAUGGCAUCCAAUGUCACAGUCCAGUCUGUCUUGACCAAGAUCAGCAAGGACCAUCUGGAAUGUUCCAUCUGCUCCUGUCGUUUCAAGGAACCUAAAGUGCUGAGUUGCUUACACAGUUUCUGCCUGAAAUGCCUCCAAAAGCUCAGGCAAUAUCAGACAACAGGUAGUACCAAGCUAACAUGUCCUAUCUGCAGAUGUGAUACCAAGCUGAAAGGAAAUGAUGUUGCUACUCUGCCUAAUAACUUUACAUUGGGAGCUCUGGUGGAGGAAUUCACCAUGCAAGAGCAGCUCCUUGAAGGUCAAGGGUCAGAGAUCAAAUGUCAGAACUGUGAGGAGGGAAAGGAUGCCAUCUCUAGAUGCAGUGACUGUGAGAGUUUCCUGUGUCUGGAGUGCAAUAAGGCACAUGGACGAACAGCUAAGACAAAACAUCAUAAAGUGAACACGCUGGAGCAGCUACGAUCAGGUGAGAUCUCUCACAGGUGUAAACUCAGAGAGCAGUUUCAUAGUGUAAAACCAUCAAACAAAGUGCCUUCCCAUCUGCCAAAAAGGUGUCAAAAGAAGGCCCAAAUUCACAAAUUUGGAAAACAUCCUACCAAGUUUGAAUGGGCAUCUCAUGUAGCAGUGUUUUCCAACAAUGAAGUGGUCAUAGUCAAUCUGUCAUGUGACAACUUGAUCAGUUUCUUACCAAAGUCACCCCAAUCACCAGCAGUCUCAGAAGAAAUUGAGAUUGAUGGUCUCCAUAAUCCAAGGCGUGUAGCAGUAACCAAGGAUGAUGAACUCAUUGUUAUGGCUGGCCCUAUCAUCAAGACCUUUGAGAGAGAUUACACUCCCCUCAAUCGCUUCAAACCUGGUAGGAACAGCAAAAGAUACCCAUCAUGUCUUGCAGUGGAUGAUAACAAUCUGAUAGCAGUGGGUUAUGAGAAGAAUGAACAGAUAUUCCUACAUAAUUGGGAUGGAACUUUCAUCAAGAAAUUGUCUGCUCCUGGCAUUGGUGAUUAUUUGGCAACCUACAAGCAACACCUCAUCUACACUGACAGAGACAUGCACAAAUUGAAGUCAAUUGACUACUAUGGUAGAGUGGUAUUUUCAACUGAUAUUCAUGUCACUGAUAGUGAGGACAGUUCGGCUGCAGGUGUGUGCUGUGACAAAGAUGGAAACAUUUAUGUUGCAAUACAAAUGUUUUCUGAAUCGGAUGAAAUUCAUCAGUUUAGUCCUGAUGGCCAGUACAUAGGUCGUGUCAUUAAGGGAUUUGAUCAUGUGCGUGGUAUCACUCUUGCCCCAAAUGGUGACCUGGUAGUGGCAGAAGAAACUUCAGUUGUAGUCUGCCGCCAUGUCUAGCCAUCAUGCAGUUAUAGGCCCUCGCCACAAGCAAUCAAAAGUCUAACAAGAGUCACCAGGCAUAAUGUUAAAGCUGCCAGCUAUUCAAAUGAACUGUGUAUCACAUUUCGGACAUUUUUCUUCCUUUCUUGGCCCUGUGGCCAAAAAGGCACCCAGACUGAACUGCAGAUUUUCACAGCCCUGAACUCAAGACUAUGACGCCAUACCGGUACCCCAGAAACGAUGCCUUGGGAAAUGUGUAGAUGUCUCUACAUCUAGUUCAGACCAAGGAAAGUGAUACCAAGAAGCAACCAUUAAUUUGCUUGUCUUCCAUACGAGAUCGAAUACUGCUAAGAGUAAACAUGUAAACACUAAAGGGAAGAAUUAUUUAGAAUACACAACUGUUUGUGUUUGUAAUUUGUGUUUUCAAUUUGUAACAUGGCAUGCCUACAGGUUCUGAGUUGACUCAAACCAAGAACCUACAACUUAUUCAUACAGUUGGGCAUGCCAAGGUCAGAUACAAUAUCUCUUCCUGCAUAUUUUACUUUUCUUUUAUUGGAAAAUUACUGCGUUGACAAAGCUGGUGAUAUUUUUACGAUAACGUUUUUUUGAAAUGAAAUGCAUCACUACCUAAAAACAAAUACAAUCAUGAAAAACUAAUUGACACAGGAACGCUGUUGUCUGGAUACGAAAUCCAGUAUUUAAUUACACAAUGCGAGCUUAACUCUAAAUGAAAAUAGGAUGCCAAGCACUCAUUAAACACAGAACACACACAUUUGGUGUGUCUACCCUGAAGGGAUGCCAAACACACACAUGUGGUGUGUUUAUUCUGAAGGGAUGCCAUUACUAGCCAUGAAAGGAUAUCUCAUUUAUGCAUGUAUAGCUCACUGUUGUCCGUGACAAAUUGAUCGCCAAUAUGACUAUUAGAUAGCCUAGUUAAGAAAAACACUUAUCUCUGUAGGUUUUCAUCACUUGGUGUCAAAGGAAAGACAUUUUAUUAAAUGAAGUAAUUAAAUUUCAUAUUAAUUUCAAAGAUACUAGGGGGCCAGGAGCCGAGGGGCAUUUUCCUCUUUCCAAUCUCUUUGGAUCAAACUUUCUUGGAAACACUAGCCUUAAAAGAAUUGUGACAGUAAUGCAGGGGAACAUGAGAGAAUUUCAAAAUUUAGAUGUCGUUUCUGUUUGAUUCCCAGACAAUAAAACCUGAUUCUUUGACGAGUGCCUUCAAACAAAUGGGCCUUUUCUUUGAUCAAAUGAACAGGCUCAACUUUGAAACAUUAGCAAACACAAGUGACCAUAAAAGACAAUUUCUUAUCAAAACUUAAUGACAAGUGAGUGCCAAAUAAGAAACAGAGCUUUUUUGUGCA